AUGAAUACUGUACAACAACUUCAAGCCGUUCCUCCGCUUGCAGUUGAUUAUGACACCGAAGCGGCAUCUCAGCCAACACUUCCACCAAGAUCGAAAGACGAUCAUAUGAUUGCUAAUAGGGACACGACGGACAAGUUCGCUUCUACAAAGUCCAACAGUUGUCGUACCAUAAUAUUCUCUGUGCUCUUUGUCCUUUUGGCCAUGGCAGCCACAGGUGUUGUUGUUUGGUUUGUCAUGGAUUCCAAAAUCCAAACGCAACAACGACCAAUGGAAGCGGAUAACGUUCCGUCCCAGCAACCUCAUAGCUCUCCUCCUAUUACCCCGCCUGUUGCUCCAUCAUCAUCACCAACGACGAUAACUGAUGAUCUACUACCACCACCAUUGGAAAUCAGUGACAGUCUGCCUCUUUCCAUGUGCAUGGGAGAUUGUGACGAAGAUACGGAUUGUGGACCUGAUCUCGUGUGCUUUCAACGAAGUCCGAAUACCCCAGUUCCUGGAUGCUCAGGGGGUAUACAAGAUGACAGCAACUCGGACUAUUGCAUUCCCGUCGAGCUGCCUUCUUUGGUGGUUGUCACUGACACGGCGUCUCCGCUCGGACUGUGUGAGGGAGAUUGUGAUUCCAAUGACGACUGUGCCGAUGGAUUGAGUUGCUAUCAGCGAUCGGAAUUUGAAUUCGUACCUGGAUGUUCUGGUGGUUUGACCGAUGUUAGUCGAACAGAUUAUUGCGUUCCCAGCUCGUUGGUUCCAGAAACCUACAUGAUGUCUUUGGGCAAGAAUAAUAAUAAGCUCUUUGGAAAUCCAGAUGAUAAUUUUGGAGCGGCCGUGAGUUUGUCGCAAACGGCAGUCCCUCGUCUCAUGGCGGUGGGAGCUGUGGAUCGUGGCUCCACCGGCUAUGUCAAUAUUUAUCAUUUCAAUAAUGAUACCACUACUACAGCAGACGACGAUAAUUGGGUCUUGAGUGCCACCAUCCAAGGCGACGAAAUCGGUGCUAACUUUGGCAAUGCGGUUGCCAUGUCGGGGGAUGGAACACAUGUUGCGGUUGGCAUGCCCGAGGGCCAACAUGGCGGACGAGUACAGGUAUUCCAAUUAUACAUUAGCAACAACAACAACAACAACAACAGCAGCAACCGUUCCAACGAAAUUGGCUGGAACCAAGUGGGCAGUGACAUUACUGUAGGUGGUCCACAGGACUCUGGUGGAUAUGCCGUCUCACUUUCCGAGGAUGGAAGCAUUCUGGCUGUGGCAAAACGGUACUACUUUCAGACUUACAAGAGAAACAAUGAUGAUGAUUCGUGGAUUGCUCUUGGGUCGCAAGUGGACAUUGGAUCCUUUGGACAAGACGCCAUUUCACUCUCUAGCGAUGGCAAUAGAAUCGCAGUGAAUGGCAAGCCGGAUGAUGUAUUCCCUCCCGAUGGAUACGGCCGCGUCUAUGAAUUAGUCAAUGAUGGCACGGAAUGGACUCAGGUUGGCCAGACCUUGGGUGAGUUGACCCUUUAUGACUCGUUUGGAUUGGACAAUACCGACAAGGCGUCUACUUCCCUCUCUGGUGAUGGUACCACUGUCGCCAUGUCGUGCAUUGAUCGACUCGCUGAAAAUAGCUAUGUGCAAGUGUACCGGGAUAAUAUGGGAGACGACUCUCAACAAUGGACACCCUUGGGCGACCCGAUCUUGAGCAAAUUGAACGAGUACGCUCCGGCCUCGAUUGUUGAGAUUAGUAAGGAUGGUGAAGUAUUAGCUAUUGGAGACUACGAAUUGGGACGAGUGCGAUUGUAUGAAUUUGACAACAGACUCGGUCAGUGGAUCCUUGUUGGUCAAGUCCACUCUGAAAAUGAGGAUGACCAGUUGGGCAUCGCAUUGUCGCUAGCUGGUGGGAGAGGAGAAGCGUACCUGGCAAUUGGAGGCCCCAACAAGAAACAUGUCCUUGGCAAUCCUGGUUUUGUCACCACCUACAAGACCGUCUUUGGCAUUCGCCCCGAUCCAACCUUUGCACCGUCAAACGCCCCAACCGAAUGGGUUGAUGGAGGGGCAAAUGGUCUGUCUAUUUUUUCUCAGAGUCCAGAGUACGUGUGGUCCGGCGAACAGAUCAAUGACAGCAAUGACAUUGCCGGAAAUUCAGUGGCAGUGUCUGGAGAUGGAAUGGUCUUUGCGUUCGGCCUCAAGAGUGAAAAUUCUGUCAACAGAGUCAUUGUUUACCAGGACGAUGGCGAAGGGGGUCGGGACUCGCGCCCGCAGCUUUCGGGAUUGCAGAGUGGUGAUGAUUUUGGACAUUCCAUUGCCCUGUCUGGUGAUGGCCUCGUAAUGGCAGUUGGAAUACCAAAUAGCAGUAUCGUUGGAACAGUGGCAGAAGGGGCUGGAAGUGUCCAAGUUUACUUGUUUGAUCCUACAGGAAGGACUUGGACUCCAAUGGGCGAUGCCAUUGUUGGCUCUGUACUCCAAGAAUCGGGAAGAUUUGGUCAUUCCGUUUCGUUGAACGAUAAUGGUGACAUUCUUGCCGUUGGUGCACCACUUGCAACAAGAGUGUCGAUCUUUCGAUUUGAGAACAAUGAGUGGGUGAAGAUGGGUGGCGAUAUCACUGUUUCAGAGUACAGGGCGGCAUGGCACGGAUGGAGCGUAUCGUUGUCAAGUGAUGGUUUGGUUGUAGCUGUGGGUGGUCCAACCAACCAAGACACCAUGGACGAAGCUGGUGCUUGUCGCAUCUACGAGUUUGUCAACAACAACUGGCAACAAAGAGGUCAGGCAAUACUUGGCGGGCAGCGCCAUGGUCUGUUGGGUACAUCUGUCUCUUUGUCUGGUGAUGGCAGCGUUGUGGCAAUGGGUGCGAUGAACUAUGAGCUGCCCGAGGCGUAUAGCAACAAGGAAGACGAAGUGUUUCACUACGGCCUAAAUGCAGGCGCAGUGUUUGUUUUUGAGUAUUCCCCAGAGGGCAAUUGGACGCUUCUUGGAAAACCAAUCUUUGGAAAUGCCGCUUUUGAUCGUUUUGGGAGGAGUGUUUCGCUCACGAAGGAUGGGAAAAAGUUAGCAAUCGGUGCUCCAGAGCAGGGAGAGGGAGGCCAAGUCCGUCUUUUUGUUUUUGAUGAAGAACACUCGUACUGGGAUCAAAUAGCAGAUGUGGAGCGAUACGAUGCCUAUGAUGAUCAAGGAAAAAAUGCCGGUUUUGGGACAUCUGUUGACUUGGUAGAUACUGGUGCCAAUGGCCUGAAAAUGAUGGUUGGUGCUCCGAGGACGAGAGCAAGAUAUGGUGAGAGGCUCGGUCUCAUACCAAAGUAUGUCGGAGAAGUCUGCAUUUAUGACGAGUAG